UUUUGUUUUUCUCCUUGCUCCCGACAGAUCGCUCUCCUCCAGCUGUCGUCCUAAAUUAGCUGAGCUCAGUGAAAGAAGAGCCGUUUUGGACUGACCCUUUCUGCUCCCUGAAGCUCCAGCCGUUCGUGACACCCAAAUGCUGCCUGUCUUUCAUCAAACUGCUCACUCCUGAAGGGAAAAAAUGGACUUGGAGUAAAAAGGGGGGCCCUGUAUGUGGGGCUGACUCCCUUAAGGACAACUAGUUGAGAUAGCUGGGUGACCUAUGACAAUGUAACCGAUAAGGGGACUUGAGUUCUUGGUUUCCCAUGCAGGAUAUGAGGUUUUUUGAGCCGUGGGAUUCAACCAUCAAUUGAACCUUCCAUUGCUCCUCUAACGUCAUGCAGUCAUCGGAGGAAUUGUUUAGCAGGAAGCUGAAAGCAUUGAACGGGAGUAUGGGACAUCCAGCGGCCAACACGCAGGGCAAACAGGAAGUGGGUGGUAAAUCCAACGGGACGCCUGCCAUGCCUAAAAUGGGGGUGCGAGCUAGGGUGACCGAUUGGCCCCCGAAAAAGGAGGGUUGGGGACCCAACUUUGAGGCCUUCCAGAAUGGACAGCCUGACCAAAAUGUGGAGUUUACAGAUUUAAAUGAGGAACACGAUACUAAAUAUUCCCUUAAUGACCUUCUAAGUCGGUCCCCUUUAAAGGGGCUUCAUCCGAUUCGCCAACGGAGUAACAGUGAUGUGACUAUCAGUGAUAUUGAUGCUGAGGAUAUAAUGGACCAGAACGCCGUCAACCCAAACACUGGCGCCUCAUUGCAUCGGGAAUAUGGCAGUACGUCCUCUAUUGACCGACAGGGACUUGGGAACGAUGGAUUCUUUACAAUGUUACGAGGAUAUCGGAUUGAUCAUUUGGACCAUCGGAGUGCCCCACCGGUUGGUUUUCCAGAACUCCUCCGCUAUGAUACUGCGCUCUCCCCAAGCCUCCAGACAGCUGCUCAGAUAUCCCGAGGAGAGAUUGUUCACAUUUCAGGCUACGACUAUGUGGACAGCUCCCUCCUCUAUAGUCGAGAAAGAGAAAAGUCCUUUAUGCGGCGCCUGAAGUCGGAAUCAUCCGAGACGUCGCUCUUCAGAAAGUUGAGGACUAUAAAGAGCGAGAGCGAUGCUUUGAGGCUCUCCACAGAGCAGGAGGACCGCCGACCUCUUAGCUUUCAGAAAUGCUUCGCUCAUUAUGAUGUCCAGAGCGUGCUUUUUAACAUCAGCGAAGCGGUGGCCAAUCGGGUAAGCCUCAGUCAGAGGAAAAACACCACCACUGGAGCUUCUGCAGCAUCCCAGUACCAAGUUCCAGGAGCGGGGCAAGUUUGCGGGAAUAUUACAGCACCUACAUCACUGUUUGAAUCGCCAAUGGGAAGUCGGGAAGAUCUCAAUCCCAAGGAGAAUCUAGAUGCGGAUGAAGGAGAUGGGAAAAGCAAUGGAUUGGUGCUAAGUUGUCCACAUUUUCGUAAUGAAAUUGGUGGCGAGGGGGAGAGGAGGAUUUCUCUCUCUAGGGCCAAUAACACCAGCUACACGGCCGGAGGAGAAAAUUGUUCAUUCGAGUCUUCAUUGAGCUCCCACUGUACCAAUGCUGGCGUGUCUGUACUGGAGGUGCCGAGAGAAAGCCAAGCGAUCCACCGCGAAAAGGUCAAGCGGUACAUCAUCGAGCACAUCGACCUGGGAGCGUAUUAUUACCACAAAUACUUCUACGGCAGAGAGCACCAGAACUACUUUGGCGUGGAUGAGAACUUGGGUCCGGUGGCCAUCAGCGUCCGUAGAGAGAAACUGGAUGAUGGGAAGGACAAAGAGACAGCGCAGUAUAACUAUCGCAUCACCUUCAGGACCAGUCAGUUGACCACCCUGCGCGGGGCGAUUCUGGAGGAUGCUGUUUCCUCCACGGCAAGGCACGGGACAGCCCGCGGGCUCCCACUGAAGGAGGUGCUGGAGUAUGUGGUGCCGGAGCUGAACAUCCAGUGUCUCCGACUGGCCCUCAACUCUCCCCGGGUCCCAGAGCAGCUGCUUAAACUGGACGAGCAGGGGCUGAGUUUCCAGCAUAAGGUUGGCGUUCUUUACUGUAAAGCGGCUCAAAGCACAGAGGAGGAGAUGUACAAUAAUGAGAACGCAGGAGCACCGCUGGACGAGUUUCUGGAUCUGCUCGGUCAGAGAGUUCGGCUGAAGGGCUUCACCAAAUACAGAGCUCAGCUGGACAACAAGAGCGACUCGACCGGCACUCAUUCUCUCUACACCACAUAUAAAGACUAUGAGCUGAUGUUCCACGUCUCCACACUCCUGCCCUACACUCCAAACAACAGACAGCAGCUGCUCAGAAAGAGACACAUAGGAAAUGACAUCGUCACCAUCGUGUUUCAGGAGCCUGGUGCUUUGCCCUUCACUCCCAAAAACAUCCGCUCGCAUUUCCAGCACGUGUUCGUCAUCGUCAAAGUGCACAACCCCUGCACUGAGAACGUCUGCUACAGUGUUGCAGUUUCCAGAUCGAAAGACGUGCCUCCAUUCGGCCCUCCAAUUCCCAAAGGCGUGACUUUUCCCAAAUCAGCCGUGUUCAGGGACUUCCUCCUGGCCAAGGUGAUCAACGGCGAAAACGCGGCUCAUAAAUCUGAGAAGUUUCGUGCCAUGGCCACCCGAACGCGCCAGGAGUAUCUAAAGGACCUAGCGGAGAACUUUGUAAGCACGACUACUGUGGAUUCAGCGGUGAAGUUCAGCUUCAUUACUCUCGGAGCUAAAAAGAAGGAGCGGGUUAAACCACGGAAAGACGCUCAUCUGCAGAGUAACGGCGCGGUGACCUGGAGCGUGGUGGCCAGAGAUUUCGGUCAAUCAACAGAUGUUGAAUGUCUGCUGGGAAUCUCCAAUGAGUUCAUCGUGUUGGUGGAGGAAGAGUCCAAAAACGUGAUCUUCAACUGCUCCUGUCGGGACGUGAUCGGAUGGUCGUCUGGAAUCAUGAGCAUCAAGAUCUUCUACGAGCGCGGAGAGUGCGUGAUGUUUUCUGCGCACGAUAACUGCGGGGAGGACAUUCGGGAGAUCGUGCAGAGGCUGGAG